AAUUUGACAGUUAACACUUUUAACCUCAAAACUACUUUUCAGUGUGGUGGUUUAAGCUCUAUUUAUAAACAAUCAAACAGUUUUUUUUGUACACCGGUAUUGUUUUGGUUAAAUAUUAUGUCUGGAAACAUUAGUGUUCCAUAUGUGCUGGAAUGGAAGGAGAAUGGUUUACAUCUCAGAGAAGUUGAAGAUUCCAAAAACACAGAUAAAUUUGCUCAAAUUUGCUUUUUGCCAAAUGCCACAAAAGAUGGUCAACAACUGUAUGUACAGUCGGUAGUGCCUGUUGAAAUUGAAGACCUUAACACUCUGAGUGUUUCAGAAUCUCCAGCGAAUUAUGUGUUUGAAGUAGUCCAAACUCAACCAAAUGUUGAAGCAAUACAGCCAACUACACCACCUGUACUCAACUUUAAGAGAGGCAGACCAAAGAAAAAGAAGGACCGAGUCACAAAUUCAGUUACAAGUAAGGAAACUAACCACAAAGAUCAAGCAAAAGUACAAAAACAGGAUCAGGCAAAAGUACCAAAACUCGCACACAGAACAAGAUCGGGUAGAGUGGUCAAAAUUCCCAAACAUAUAGUCAAUGAUUUUGAAAAGCUAGAAACCAAUGACAAUAAAAACACAGAUGUGAAAACCACAGAAUUCCCAAAGUUCCUCGAGCCCCCCACUGAAAGCAAGCCGAGCCGCGUGCAGGGCCUGGAAUUCCACCAGCAACGAAGGACAAUAGCAGCCCAGUACAGGUGCCCCAAGUGUCGUAAAGCGUACUUAGGCAAAACCAAGAUGAUGCAGCACAUUCAGAAACACCCAGACCACGGACCCAUGCCCCAAAACGAAAAGAAGGCAAACUUCGACGUGUGGAACUUCUUGGUGGACAUAACCCAAAAGUGUCCGCAAGCACAGAGGGGAGCCAAGUUCUGUGAGGAGUUGACGAAUCUGAUGCACAACUUGCUGCUUCUCACGAGCGCCUUGUUCAAGAAGGUGGAGCUCAAUAAAAACUUCGUCGAAGUAGACAAAGUGUUGGGUAACGCUAUAGGACUGAAGCCGGGGCCGUACUGCUUCAACGACAAUGAGUUAUACAAGGACGUUACAGUUCUGCAGUUGCUGACAACCACAGACUUUUUCAAACCUUCCGAUGAUUCAGGGAAACCUCCGAAAGAGAACGUGAAAGUAGCGGAAGCUGUAGGAGAACCAAUUGAAUCAGUUGCUGAAAUCAAUCCAGAAACUGCGUACCUCGAAGUAGAGACAAAAGAUGCUUCCAAAGACUCGCCUGACCAAUGUAUCCCAAAAACAAAACCUGACCUAACACCUGAGCUCAAAAUCCCACCUGAAGUUGCUGUGGAAAAAAACGAAACGCCCCACAUUGACAGCGAAAUGCUGUCUGAUAAUUCAAUCUUGCACUUAUCGAAUAUCAGGACAUCAGUGGAUGAACUGAUGAUGACCAGUGUUGACACGGGAGGGACUUUAUUAGACAAUUCCACUAGUUCCGAUGAGGUUAUGAACGUUGACCAAUUCGUUAAUGAGAGAUUUAAGAAAAUAACAGAGCCUGAUGUGGAAAUGAACAGCGCUACUUUGAACCUCGACCUGCCUAGUUUGGAUUUAUUCCAAUUCCAUACAAGUUGAUCAAGUAGAAGGUUAUGCAAAUUGUUUCGGUUGUUUCUUUGAAACUAUAUUGUUUUUAUAUGCAAUGAAAUCAUUAAAAAUACUUUAAUGAUCCGGAG